AUGUGGAUUUUUGACAUGCAUGGCCCUGGUGUUUACUGCUUACAGGACGACCUGGUUGCCAACGAACUGCUGGAGAAUACAGUGGUAACCUUCAACCUAGCAGGGUGUCAGAAGGCGUACUCUGUCAUCGUUGUGGACUCCAACCAGGAUGGCUCUGUCAGAACGUACCCUGGCAACCAGCCUCAUCCGGGGUUCACGUACUGCAUGGCAUGCAACUAUGCCUUGUGGCCAACACAGCCACCACCAAAGCUUGUGCCUGCUUCAGAGAGCAUCACCGGCAAGCUUUGGGACGCAUGCGACAGGGCAUUGCGUGGGAUUGCCGCCACAAUGCCUAAGGCGGCGGCCGUAAACACUGCUGACACCACGCGAGUUGGUGGUGCAGCUAAAGCCAAGGGUGGCAGAAGUGGCGGUGCUCACCACAGCAGCAGCGGCAGUGGUUUACAGAAGCAAGGCUGCACUGGUGGUGAAAACUGCAGCAACCAGGUGUCACCCCCUCCACCUGCACUGCCUGCGGUGUGCUUAAAUGGCCCUGAGCCCAGUGAGGAUGUGGCUAAGCACAAAUUCUUCAAUGGACUCGCAGGCUGGAUGCCCAGUGCUAGUUCGAAGAGCCCGCUUGCCAACAUCCGGGCUCAUGUGAAGGCGAAGACGCAUAUUGAGAAUAUGCACUGGCUACGCCUGCUGGCACGCAGCGGGGCUGGCCACUUCAGCUGGCUCCGCAAGCCCAUUGCUGGAGUGCGACUCUGCCCGUAUGCAGUUCCACUCCUUCGGCCGAAGGCUGAGCCACUGCUGGUGCUGGACAGCACUGCAGCACCAAACCCAAGCAACAACCCAAGGUAUGAUGUUGUCUCAUGAGAAGUAGUAAAAUUGGGCUUGCAUGCUAGACAUUGCAACUGCUUGCUUGCAUGAUCUGCGGGACUCAAAUGAG